CGGCCCUCCCUUGUCGGGCUGCCCUAUCUUUAACCUCAGACAAAAUGACGAGAACCAAUCCAUCUUCUCCAGUAGGCAAACAACAGGAAGUCAGGAAGCCUCCGCCGGAAUUCAGAGUUUCUGUGAUAAGGGUUUGAGUGUGAGUGGUAGUACUGAAAUGGCAAAGAGAGAAGGAGAAGCGGUGUGCGUAACAGGAGGCAGCGGCUACAUCGGUUCAUGGCUGGUCCGUCUCCUUCUCGAACGUGGAUACACUGUCCAUGCCACUGUCAAAGAUCUCAAGGAUGAGAAAGAAACGAAGCAUUUGGAAGAUUUUGAAGGAGCUAAAUCUCGUCUCCUGCUUUUCCAAAUGGAUCUCCUUAACUAUGAUUCCAUUGUCACCGCCAUCACUGGCACCACCGGUGUCUUCCACCUCGCUUCUCCCUGCACUGUUGAUGAAGUCCGUGAUCCUGAGAAUGAGCUAUUGGCACCAGCAAUUAAAGGCACAAUUAACGUUCUCACAGCAGCUAAAGAACUCGGGGUUAGGCGUGUGGUGGUGACCUCUUCUGUAACUGCCAUCGUCCCAAGCCCUAAUUGGCCUGCUGAUGUUUUCAAGAAUGAGGAGUGCUGGACUGAUGAGGAAUACAGCAAGCAGAAGGGGCUAUGGUAUCCCCUUUCUAAAACACGGGCUGAAAAAGCUGCCUGGGAAUUUGGCAAGGAAAACAAUUUGGAUAUUGUUGUGGUAAAUCCUGGAAUGGCGAUGGGCCCUAUUAUCCCUCCGGCAUUAAAUGCUAGCAUGCUAAUUCUUCUGCGCCUUCUUCAGGGCUGCACUGAAGUAUUUGAAGAUAUCUUUUUUGGAUCUGUCCAUAUUAAAGAUUUGGCUCGAGCACACAUACUGGUGUAUGAGAACAUAUCAGCAACUGGAAGGCACUUGUGUGUUGAAGCAAUCUCUCAUUAUGGUGAUUUUGCUGCUAAGGUGGCGGAACUUUUUCCGGAGUACAAGGUUCCAAGGCUGCCCAAGGAUACUCAGCCUGGGUUAUUGAGGGCCAAGGACGCGUCGAAGAAGUUAAUGGACUUGGGUCUCGAAUUUAUUCCAAUUGAGCAGAUUAUCAGGGAUGCUGUUCAGAGUUUGAAGAGCAAAGGCUUUAUUGCAUAAAAAUUAAUUUGCGUGCUUUGAACUUAUGAAUGUAUUACUUUUAUAUUGUUAUGAUUUGGGGUUCCAUUUUAAAAAGUUGAACUUAUUAAAAUGAGUGAUCUAAAUCCUUAUAUGUUGGUCUGUAUUUUGAUAUUUAACUAGUGUGGAACCUAUCAUUUAAACAUAUAAUGUACGAAAUUGGGAUUUCGGGUGUUCAUUGAGGAUAAUUAUGGUGAAUGGAACUGUAUCUUAAUGUUGUGUCG